AUGUUUGGGGCCAGAACCAUGAUGCAAAGACUUCCAUUCACCGCGUUGCGGAUGCUUAGCAGCGUGGCCAGAGUGCCUCGCUUCACAGCUGCUCCUUUAGCGGCAAGAUUAUUUCCAUCUUCAGUCACAGUGACCACUCCACACACCAUGGUCUCCCACAUACAACCCGAGUUGAGUAUACUCGACAAGUUGCCCAUGAAUGCGUUCGAAGAACCUGUUGUUGAAGAAGACAAGACCAUGUACAUGGACUCUGUUCUCAGAAAGAGAAGAUUGAAGAUGAAGAAGCACAAGUUGAGAAAGAGAAGAAGAGAGCAGAGAUCAUUGAUGAAGAGAUUGGGUAAGAUAUAG